CAGAGCAAAAACUGACCUCAGCUCAGUCACCAUGCGACUCUUGGUUUGGCUACUCUUAACCUUGGGUGCCCUGACUCAAGGCCAGUCCGUCGAGGAACCGCUUUUGUUCCACUCAUUUCCAGCCGACUUCAAGUGGGGUGCUGCCACUUCGGCUUACCAGAUUGAAGGCGGAUGGGACGCAGAUGGAAAAGGUCCCAGUAUUUGGGACACAUACGUCCAUCAAUCUGGUAAUGUGUUUGAAGACCAAACCGGAGAUGUGGCUUGCGAUAGUUAUCACAAAUACAAAGACGAUGUUCAAUUGAUCAAAGCCAUGGGGAUGGGAAACUAUCGAUUUUCCAUCUCAUGGGCUCGGAUUCUGCCCGAGGGGAUCGGUGAGAUCAAUCAGGCUGGUGUCGACUACUACAACAACUUGAUAGAUGAGCUCCUUGCCAAUGGAAUCCAGCCAGCUGUCACUUUGUACCAUUGGGAUCUUCCACAAGCCCUGGAAGAUUUGGGUGGCUGGCAAAAUGAGGAUGUGGCCCUUUGGUUCGAGGAGUAUGCCCGAGUUUGCUUUCAGGAAUUCGGUGACCGGGUCAAAUUUUGGAUCACGCUGAAUGAACCUCAUGUGACCGCCACCAAUGGCUACGAAUAUGGCGGUAACGCCCCCGGGAUAGUGGACCCCGGGAAAGCUUGUUACGUGGUAGGCCACAAUCAACUUCGGGCUCAUGCACGAGCUUAUCGAGUGUAUUACGACGAGUUUGGGCAGCAAAAUGGUCAGGUGGGUAUCACUCUGAAUAUUCACAAUGCCGAAUCUAAGACCGAAUCACAAGCGGACAUUGAGGCUGCCCAGCGUUGGACGGACUUCUUCUUGGGAUGGUUCAUCGAUCCCAUCCUCAAAGGUGGAAAAUAUCCACAAGUCAUGGUGGACCGGAUUGGUGCUAGGAGCGCAGCCCAAGGAUUUGCUUCAUCUCGAUUGCCAGAAUUCACAGAAGAGGACAGUGCCCUAAUCCAAGAGUCCACGGACUUUUUGGGCAUCAAUUACUACACAUCGGAAAUAAUCAACGACCAAGAUUUUGAUAACUCCAUUGUGAGCUAUGUGGCAGAUACAGGGGCGGGGACUAGUAAAAAUCCCAAUUGGUACACAACGGCGUCGGUCUGGCUCCGAGUGGUCCCAUCAGGAAUUAGAAAGAUGAUGAGUAGAAUCAGAGACAAUUAUGGCGAUAUUCCCAUAUACAUAACUGAGAAUGGGAUGAGUGAUAAUUUGGGAAACCUUGACGACCUUCAGCGAGUCUAUUAUUAUAAACACUACAUCAAUCAGAUCCUUAAGGCAAUUGUUUUGGAUGGGGUAAAUGUCCGUGGUUACUUUGCUUGGUCUUUGAUGGACAAUUUUGAAUGGGGCAGUGGUUACAGCCAACGCUUUGGUAUUCAUUCGGUGGAUUUCAAUGAUCCAACUCGUCCAAGGUCUCCCAAGGCUUCCAGCAAAUACUUGGCUCAAAUCGUGAAAAUGAACGGAUUUUUAGAGAAUGAAGAUCAGCCGUGCAUGAACGGAUGAUGAUAAUGAUAUUGUUAACAUUACAUUCAAACUUAAUUAUCGGACCAAUAGUGCUGAAUAAAGACGUUGAUGCCUUUACUGUAA